AUGGAAAGAAUUAGACGCCUUGGCUAUGAUGAUUUUACUUUCAUAGGAUUUAGAAAUUGGAAAAAAGUCAAUAAUGGAAAGAAUUGUGCCUUUUUCAAUCAUGUUGGGGAGGAUCCUUGCUCACCCCAAAGCAAUGCUGUGAAAUACUGUGAUGAUCUAUUGAAUGAAUCAGUGCAUAUAGAUAAAGUGAUGAAUGUGCAGAGUUCUGAACAAAUUUUAAAUAAUCAACUAUGGGUGAAAACUUCAAUUGAUAUUGUUCAGUGGCUCGCCUUUCAAGGGCGUCCUUUUAGUGGUCAUGAUGAAACCCCUGAAUCAAAAAAUCGAGGAAAUUUCCUUGAGAUGAUUAUAACUUUGGCAUCUUAUAAUGAUAAGGAUGAACAAGUUGUUUUGGAAAAUUCUUCUAAAUCUGCUAAGUACACUUCGCCUACAAUUCAGAAGGAGAUUCUACAUGUUAUUGCAAGUAAAGUGUGGAGUAAGAUUCGUGAAGACAUUGGGGAUUCCAAAUUUUGUAGUAUUGUUGAUGAGUCACGUGAUGAGUCAAAGAUAGAGCAAAUGGCUCUUGUUUUGAGGUUUGCUAACAAUGAGGGCUUUAUACAAGAACACUUUUUUUAUCUUUCUCAUGUUAAAGACACUGCUGCAUUGACUCUAAAGAAUGAAAUAUAUGCUAUUCUUUCUUGUCACUAUUUUGACAUUCAGAACAUUUGUGGACAAGGAUAUGGUGGUGCUAGCAACAUGUGUGCAUUAGUUGCUGCAUCAAGAGAGGUAAUCCCUAUCACUAUAGUUGAUUCUUCAUGUAAACGUAAUGAUGAACUAAGAGUUGCUCAAGCUGUAGAAAUUGCUAGAAUGUUGGCUAUUGAUGAACUUGAAAGGAACAAGAGCAAACCAAAUUGGGACUCUAAAACAAGCUGGUGA